AUGGAAUCCACUGUUGUACCGUAUAAAAUUGUCGCCACCGAUCUCGAUGGUACUUUGUUAAACCCCGAACAUCUUGUUUCAGAAUAUACGGUACGCGUAAUUGAUGCCCUGACCGCCAAGGGAGUACCUGUGGUUUUUGCGACCGGUCGCCAUCAUAAGGACGUUAUGGAGACCAAAAGAAAAUUAUCUUUAAAAGGAUACUUAAUAACAUCUAAUGGAGCAUGUGUGCAUGAUCCACAAAACCGUCCAAUUAUGGAAAAAUACAUUGAACCGUCACUUGCAAAAGAAUUGGCAACAUUGGUAGCAGAUAAUCCUGAUAUCACGACAAAUGUUUACCGUGGGGAAUCAUGGCUCAUAAAUAAAGAAACUGAUCAUCUUUCUUCAUACUCUCAAGACAACAAACAAGUCUAUUUUUCUCAGUUGUUUGAUCCUGUUACUGAGGAAAACUAUGAAAAGGUACAUAAAUUAUACUAUACAGCGAGUCGGCGUGAAUCGUUGGAGGCCCUUUUUGCUAAACUAGAAUCAGAAUACAGUGAUAAGGUGAGUUACGCCUUUGCUUUACCAAAUUGUCUGGAUGUUUUUGCAAAAGGUAUUAAUAAGGGAUUUGCACUUCGGGAAGUGGUACCUAUUAUUCUUGGUAAUAAAGGAGAGAAGAAUGAUGAAGAAUCAGCCUUGAAGAUUAAAGGUUGUAUCGCUUUUGGUGAUGCCAGAAAUGAUCUUGAAAUGUUAAGUGUAGUAGAGAAAGGCUGUUUAAUGAAAAACGCCCAAGAAGAUCUUCUAAAAGUGGCCCCGCCAGGUUUGGAAACCAUAGGUGGAAAUUUUGAGGAUGGUGUCGCUAAAUAUCUUGCGGAAGUCUUUCAUCUUGAUAUUUGA